AUGGCGACAGAGUACCAGUUCCAAAGGACAAGACCUCGGGUUCCCAUCAGUGCCAUGUUUAGCGGCCCUGGCGCGGCAAGAUAUUUCUUGCCAAACUGCACAGGUUUUGUUGGUCACGAUUUCUCGAAACUUAAAGCUCCCGCUUAUUCCUUUGGUACGAAGAACAAAGACAAUUUAAGGGCAUCCACAACACCCGGACCUGCCGCAUACUCUUUGGAGAAGGGUUUAACUCGGAACGGUACAGAUGGCUCUGAGAAGUACAGUUUAUCGGGACGCACUAAAUUAGGCGGAUCUUUCCAAACGCCGGCGCCUUGUAAGUACAUUUUAUGCUUUUAUCGUAGUUGAUGCUUUUAGCUGUGUAAAUUUUGCCGGGUAUAGUGUAAUUUGUGUAUAUUUUAGGACAAUAGUAAUCUCCAGUUCAGUAUAAUAUCAAUCGCGUCCUUGGAUACCACACGUGUAUCUGAAAAAUACCGUAACAUUUAUGUUACAAAGUAACUUCCGUGAAAACAUGCGUUUGAUUGUAAUUAUAACCUGUCAACAGAUUUAACCGUCUUUACAUGAAGGGAAAGCACCCGAAUAUGUUGCCUGGUCUUACUCACUGAGUUUUCUUCCCCUAUUGAAAAAAGAGUGUUAGGCAGUCUAUAAAAAUUGUAAUGUUAUAAUAAUCAACGAGAAUAGCCACAACAAGAAUAUCAAAACAGCAAUAGGUUUAUGAGCAAAUAGUUCUGAACAUACAUCACAUUUUUUAAUUCUUAGCCUGUCACUGUUUGUAAUGGCAUGAAAUGUUUGACUGUAGUCUCUUGUUGAAAAGACAUAAACGCAGUAUUCUAUGAUAUGUUUGUGUGCAUCCGUUGCAUGAUACAGUCUUACCUCUCCAUACGGACACCUCUGUAACACAGAUACCUCUCUAUUACGGACAGUUCGUUUGGUCCCAGAAAUGCCAAAAAUCAUACAUUACCUACCUCUAUAAUACGGACACCUCUGUAGAGCGGACACUUGGUUCUGUCCAUUUGGUGUUCGUAUUAAAGAGGUUUGACUGUAUAUGAUUCAAGGAAAGUACAUGUUGUCUAGGCAUCCAGAAUACUCUCUUCUGGUCUCAGGUAUUUGCUGAUUGAUUGAUUACUGACUGGUAAUCAAAAAUCGUAAGAAAAUAAAUUGUUCUAAAGAUAAACUGAUCUGAGAAAAUGUUUAAUGGGCUUGAGUUAGUUGGUCUGUCUGGAUUAUGAGCUCUUGGUAUAAUAAUAUUACACUAUUGCAAUGCACUGACCGCAUUGUGAUGUUGAAGCUCUUCAACAUCGUACAAUAGUAUAGGAAAUCUGUCUUUUUCUUUUUAAAGUUUCCUUUUUAACAAUCCUUUCACUUUUCAAGGGGAUUAUGGGCCAGAGAAAAAGCCUGUUAUGAAGCAUCGCUUUCCCCCUUCCUAUUCCUUUGGAUCUCGUACACCAUACAACAAGAAGGACAAUUUUCCUGGCCCUGAUACUUACACUAUGCCACCAGUGCUGGGAUCUAAGUCAGUUGGAAAGACCUCUGCACCUUGUUAUUCAAUGACAGGAAGGUCAAAGAUUGGAAGUUUUCACGAGGAUUUACAGAAGGUUUGUUAGAUUUAUUAACAGCGAAUAAGCCAGUUUCAAAUUAUUUUUAAGCUUAUACUUGACUCCAAGGCAGCGAGGUGCGCAACAAAAGAAAUCACUCUGAGAUUCAGGGUUUAAUAACAAUAUUCAUUUCUUUUUUACUUUACUUCCCUAACAUGUUGACCUUUAAAAUGCACACCUUUGUUGUUUGAUUUUCUCCUAGACCCCUGGUGCAGGCACAUACAAGGUCGUUGAUCCAAAUGUCUACAAGAACAGGAAACCCAUCUAUUCCAUGAAUGCACGUAACUUUGCUCCAGGAGACAACACAAGAAAACCAGGGCCUGGGGCUUAUUCUCCAGAAAAGGUAAAUAAAUGUUGA